AUGAACGUCGAGCACGUUGAGUACUCGUCUGUCGGUAUACAGCAACCGCAGAACGCAUGUUAUGCCGAAGGCGGCUCCAGAGCAUGGCUUGUUGUAUUCGGGGCGUGGUGUGCCUUGGUUCCAGCAUGGGGGAUUAUGAAUACAGCCGGGGUCCUCUAUCUAUGGACCAGCACGCAUCAACUCAAGAACUAUCCGGAGUCGAGUUACGGCUGGAUAUAUAGCGCCUAUGGUUUUUUUGUUUACUUUGCCGGGGCGCCAAUGGGAAUGAUUUUCGAUGCUUGGGGACCAACUUAUCUUGUCGUCAUGGGAUCCCUCGGCAUGGUUGUAUCGUUGAUCUGCUUCAGUUUCAGUAAUGAGUACUACCAAGUCUUCCUCUCACUCAGUGUGCUGGGCGGGCUAUCAGCCAGUGCUCUCUCCACCUCAGCUCUUGCAACAAUAUGGCACUGGUUCGAUCGCCGCCGGGCCUUCGCUACCGGCGUUGCCUGCACAGCAGGCGGGCUCGGAGGCGUGAUCUUCCCCAUCAUCAUCUACUUCACAGCGCCCAAGGUCGGAUUCGGUUGGUCCAUUCGGAUUAUCGCUCUCAUCAGUGCUGUCCUGCUCGUCUUUGCCUGCUCCUUAAUCACGACCCGGCUCCCAGUUCGAACAGACGCUUAUAAAGGGCUAGCCCUCAAGCCAUUGAAAGACGCCAACUUCGCUGCCACGACCGCUGCGAUCUUUCUGACCGAGUGUGCGGUCUUUAUCCCGAGCACAUACAUCUCCUCUUACGCGGUGCACGUGGGUCUGAGUAACAUCAUCGCAUACCUGCUGCUCGUCUUCCUGAACCUAGGCAUGAUCCCAGGCCGGAUUUUACCAGCUCUCGCAGCUGACCGACUCGGGCGAUUCAACAUAAUGAUCCUAACGACCCUCAUCUGCGCCAUCAUGACCCUCGCCCUCUGGUAUGAAGCCGGAGACAGCUUAGGUGCACUCGUCUGCUAUGCUGUGUUCUUCGGAUUCUGGUCCGGUGCGGCGCUGAGCCUGUCGCCCGUGUGCAUCUCGCAGACCUGCACGGCAGCGGAGUAUGGGAGCAGAAGUGGCAUGGCAUAUAGCAUUGCCAGCAUCGGAAUGCUUCUGGGAAUUGGCCUGGCGGGCGUGUUCGAGCAGCGGAGUCACGGAGCAGCCUACAACCGAGGCCUCAUUGUCUUCGCAGGGGUGUUGUUCCUUGCGGCCGCAGGUGCAUUCGUCGUCGCUCGAGGGGUAUGUCGGGGCUGGUCAUGGAGAGCCAGGUUCUGA